AUGCUGGUAUACAUUAAGAGGGUUAGAACCGGCGACAACGAGUCGCAGAUCGCUACGAGACUUUCAUCCGCGCCGCUUCGUGAUGACCCACGGAAUCAUUGUGUCCCGAUCCUUCAUAUAUUCCGGGAUGCAGACGACGAGAGUAUAUUCUACAUGGUCAUGCCAUUCCUUCGCCUCAUCAAUAGGCCACCAUUCGAAACCAUAGAGAAUGUGGUUGAUUUCAUAGAUCAGGUACUGGAGGGACUGGUCUUCUUGCAUCAGCAAGGAGUUGCUCAUCGCGAUUGCACCUUCAUGAACAUCAUGAUGGAUGCUAAUUCGUUAUAUCCCCAGGGUUUCCAUCCUGUCAGAACAUUCUGUUUGCCAGAUGGUAACAUGAUGGCUUGGCCGCUUCCUCGUACGGACAAACCCAUCAAAUAUUAUUUCAUCGAUUUUGGGAUCUCUGUAGACUUUCCACCCGACGCUACCUCCAGGCUUGUGCUAGGAGAAAAAGGGCGUGACCAGGAUGUGCCUGAGCUAUCCAAUGUUGUGCCUUAUGACCCGUUCAAGGUCGAUAUAUUCAUUGUCGGGAAUCUCCUUCUCCAUCAAUUUUACACGGUAUAUGGCGCCGUGUCCUUUUACUUUGCCAUACGUCUUACCUACUCCUUCAUUUAG